CGUAAAUGCCAAUUGCGUCGUACUAACAAAUAAUAGAAGAUCGGAUUAUUCUUACCAUAAUUAGAAAACAUUUAACUAUUUAAGUUAAUAAUAUUUUAGCUUUGGUAUAUUUAUUUUUUGCGCAUUUGGAAUGUUAACCCGCGCUGGUGUGAGGCUUUUCUCAACGGAAGCGUUGAAAGUAGUCAACGAUGUUGCUAAGCAACAGUUUGUGGUAACUUUGACCAGCGACGCAGUGAUAGAUUAUGAGUCAGAAGGGAAGAAAAUAGUAUUUAUCCAUACAGGGGUUCCUCCCAUGUUUCAGGGUAAAGGAGUUGGCCGUGUGCUAGCUAAGUAUGCUUUUGACUAUGCACAUCAAAAUAAUUUAGUUGUAACCUGUCAUUGCAACUUUUUGGCCAAAUAUUAUGAGGAGAAUAGACAGGAUUACCCCGGUCUCAACAUAACAUUUGACUUAGAAAAUGAAUAAAACACAAACCACAAUGGAUCUAGCUUGGAUACGAUGUAACAUAUAUUAUUAUUUCCGUGAAAAAUGCUAUGGUAAUGUCAAAAAACUUUCCUACAAAGCCUCAAAACAAUAUGGUGAUGCUGCAGAGUUUCUUUUCUAUGGUGGUCUGGCCAAUAUAUUAGAAGGACAAGUUCAGAAGGGAAUAAGUGAAUUGACUCCUUUACAAUCUGAAAAAGAUAUUCAAUUGGCAGUGGUCAUUGCUCUCAUAUACGGUUAUAAAUUAAGCAGUCCUACCGAGAGAGAAGCAUUGUACAGUCUAGAAUCUAAACUUAAGGAGGAAAAGAAGCAAGCAAAUGCCUUGUCUUUUUUCUAUGCUGGUCUAUUUCUAUCUUUUGCUGAAAAGUAUGAAAAGGCAUCCGAGUACAUAAACAAAUCCUUGAGGAAAGAUGCUAACAAUUUGGAAGUGAUCAUCUUAAAGGGAUGGAAUGAUAUGUAUAUGAAUUUAGGAGACAUGCAAGUAUCCAUACUGGAUUGCCUAGAGUUAGCUCUCAGCAAAAGUGAUAGGAAUGUUGACGCUUUAUUAGGACUAGCUAAAUACAAAUAUUUUGCUAAAGAGUAUGAUGCAUCAAACCUCACAUUAGACAGGCUGAUUGUAAAUAACACAGGGCAAGUUGUACCGCUAGUAGUGAAAAUGAAAAAUGAAUUUGCCUUACAAAAAUGGGAUGCGGUUUAUGACACAUUAGAAAGAAUUUUCCUCCUAGAUCCAGAUAAUGUUGAGGCUUUGAAAGUUAGAAUAUUUAUUGCUCUUUGUAAAAAUGCUGAUUAUAUAGAAGCAGCAGAUCAGUUAAAUAAGUUCUUUACAGUUUUGGAAAAUGAAGAAUCCCAUAACGCAUAUCAGUUUUACAAUACUACACAGAUAUUCUCAAGAGUGUGUAGCAGGUCUAGUACAGUGCUGUCUCAAGUAUACAGAUUUGCACAAUAUGCUUCUGAGAUGAAUCCAGGCAAUGUUGAUUAUUUGAGUGAAGUGGGGUACCAAUGUAUUCUUCAGGGAAAGUAUAAAGAUGCUCUCAGUUUUUUCAAGGCAGCUAGUAAAUUGGACAGCAACUCAAUCACUGCAUUAUGUGGGCUGACUCUUUGUCAGAUGAAUGAGAAUGGUCCUACUGAACAGAUAUCUCAACAGAUAGAACUGUUGUUUGAAAUGCAGGGAAAUAAUAAAUUACCAGUUUUGUACCAUCUGUCAGCUCAGCUGAAUUUAAAGAAUCCGUCCAGUGCUAUUUCUUUUCUAACCAAUGCUUAUGAAGCUAAGGUUGCUUUUGCUAAUCGUCAUCCUUUUAGUUUGGCAUACGUCAAAGAUUUGGACCCAGAUUUUCUUCUGGAAGUGUACAAAGAGUUUAAGAAACACUUACCUAAGAAGCCUUUUAUAAUAGUAGGGUAUUUGAUGUACUCUCAGGAAGUUAAAAAUUCUGUUGUGGCUCAGUGUAUGAAGCUACUUAAUGCAAUAUGUGAUGCCUGUCCGGGGCUGAUAACAGCUUUGUAUGAGUUGGCCAAGUUGAAGUUUUUAUUUGGGUAUGCAACUGAUGCUCAGAAGUUGGCUCAGCAGGUCAAUGAACUGGACAGCACACAUGCUGGCAGUCAGGUUUUGUUGGCGCAGAUUUAUAUACAGCAGCUUGCUUACACAAAAGCUGCACAGAGUUUAGAGAUGUGUUUGAGCUACAAUUUUAAAGUGAGGGAUAGUGCAAUGUACCAUUUUCUGAAUGGUGUGAUUUUGAAGUCUGUGGGUCAGCUCCAAGAGUCCCUAUCAAGCUUUCUGACAAGCCUUCAGAUAGCGACGAGUAAGAGCACAGUUGCUAACGCGAAUAGAGCCUAUGAGUCGGAUCUAAACAUUAUUGAUAAGGCUACAUUGUAUUUGCAAAUAAUUGAGUUACAAACGACGUUAGAGCAGUUUGCUGAAGCUGGGAAGACUAUGCAGGAAGCCAUACAAGAAUUUUCAUACACCUCAGAAGAGAGUCGACUGUUGAUUGCUAGAGCAGAUUUAGCCCUCAAGAAAGGUGAUGUGGACAAUGCAAUAGAUCUUCUCAACGAGAUAAAACCUGGCCAGCCGUAUUACUUCCAGGCUCAUAGCAAAAUGGCUCACAUUUAUUUGAAGGAGAAGAAUGACCGUGCUAUGUUCACUUCUUGUUUCAAAGAGAUUGUCAGCAACCAUCCAAUGGCAGAUGCGCAUACUAUGAUGGGCGAUGCUUUUAUGUCGAUACAUGACCCCACCCAAGCCGCAGAGGCGUACGAGGCAGCUUUGAAGGGCAGUCCCAAAGACGUGCAGUUGGUGAAGAAGUUAGGCGUGGCGCUUGUCAAAAUGCACGAGUAUGAUAAAGCUUGCCAGCAUUAUGAAAAUGCUAUAAGACUGUUGAGCGAUGAAGACCUGCAGUUUGAGUACUAUGAACUGCUUAUUAAACUCAAGCAAUACGACAAGGUAGAAUCAUCAAUAUCUUCAGAACUGAAUCAGAUGUACAACCGUGAUAAGGAUAUCAACCUUUUAAAGCGUCGCGUUCGAUUCCUGCUCAUGCAAGCCAAAGGGCGCGAACUUAAGAACCCAACUUCUGCCAACGUUAACUUAAUUCUCGCCGAAGCAAAAGAUUUACAAAAUACUGUAGUAAAAAGGUUAGAGAUAGAGUCGAGGGGAGAUAUUCAGGAAGAAAAACAGCAGUUGUCCAAUAUACUCUGUGCUUUGGCUAAAGCUAAGUCUUUGAAGGAACCGGCGGUAGCGGCCAAUUUGUACUCUGAAGCGCUGGUUCAUUCGCCAAGGGAUCCUAGCACGUUGUUGGCGCUGGCUAAAUUGUAUGCUCAAAUAAACAACUCUGAGAAAUGUGAGCAAACAUGCGCUAUUCUCCUGAAUACGGACCCCAACAACGAGUCCGCUGCGGUCAUGAUGGCUGAUCUUGCAUUCAGAAAGGUGGAUCUCGAAGCAGCUCAACGCCACUUGACGCAAAUCUUAUCAGUGAAGCCAAUGAGCUGGGAAGCCCUGGCUCAGCUGAUAGAAGUGCAGUGGCGACGUGGCAAACUCUCUGAAGCGGAACAAGCUUUAGAUGCUGCCAAAGUGGCUCUGGGCGAACAGGAAGAUCAUGGUUACUGGUACUGCGCUGGUAUAUGCAGCGCUUACGCGGGCCGCGCUAACGCCGCUCUCCGUCAGCUCAACCAGGCGCGUCGCUCAGCGCAGUGGGGGGCGAGCGCAGCCCGGCGCAUGGUGCUGCUGUGUCUAGCGCAUCACGCGCCGCACUCGCUCAGCGACACCUUCCUCACCACAGCGCUGGACUCAGACACAAGGCUCUUAGCUCUCAGAACUGCAGAGAAGCUUCUAGGCGAAGUGUCGCCAUUAGACCGCAAAGCGUUACAAGCCAUGCUGCAGUUAGCCACGAAGCAGAAGCCACAAGCUGAACGAGUGUUGCAAGAACUGUUGCCACUAGCCACUGAGGAUAACUUCCAAGAUGAUCCCUAUUUGAUACUGGCCAUUGCUAAUGCAUACAACAUAAUAAAACAGCCAACUCGUGCGAAAAAUAUCUUGAAGAGGACGGUGUCGUCAAUUCCUUGGACUCCUGAGAAAGCUGAUGGUUUGGAAAGAUGCUGGCUAGAAGUAGCCGAUGGACAGAUAAGUUCAGGUCGAAUGGACGCUGCAAAGGAACUGCUCACCAAGGUCUUGAAUCAUAACAACUCUUGUGCAACAGCUUAUCAAUACUUAGGCUACUUAGCAGAAAAAGAACAGAACUACAAGAGUUCAGCACACAACUACAACAACGCGUGGUCUCACGGCGGUAAGAGCGACCUCGCCGUAGGAUAUAAACUAGCUCAUUCGUAUCUCAAGCUCAAGAAGUACCCAGAAUGCAUCGUGGUCUGCCGACAUAUACUCAAAGUGCAUCCAGACUAUCCGAAGAUUAAAAAGGAGAUAUUAGAAAAAGCUAAAACUAAUUUGAGAACUUAGUCAUCAAUUACUUUAGUAGGGGCUCAUUUCAAGGAUACAAGGGACCAUUCCAUUGCUGAGCUCACAACGCCUACAAAAAAGGAUUCUUGUUAAUUCAGAAACAUAUUGUAGUAGCGGUUUUGAUGGAUUUUGGAUCUUAUGGACAGUUUUUAACGACGUUCAAAAAAUGCCAGUGCAAUUGUUCUAUAAUCUGACUAUUUUACGUUAAUAUUGUACACAACUAGUUAGUUAUUAUUUUAGAACUUAGACUACAAGAAAAGCUUUUAUGUUUAAGAGUAUGGUAAGUAUUUCUACUCGCACAAUAAAAUUCGUGUGUCAUGCA